UUUUUUCUUAAAUACGAGAUCAAUUUUUUAUUAUCAUUCUUAUGUUUUUCUUUCCACUUCAACGAUUUUUCUUAAUCCUAAAGCGCACCAAUAGAUCCAAUUCCUCUCUUGGCUUUCAGCAUUCGGUGCCCCCCUCUACACCUUCCGCCGCGGCUUGCUCCGCUCCUCCGACCAUGGAUUGGACCGGUGAUGGGCGACCUUCUCCUUCGGGCUCGGCCUUCUGGCCGUGGGUGGUUCCGACGCCAGCAGAGGGUGUGCAUCUCGGCGUCAUCAGAACCGCCCCCAAGGUUGCCCUCUCUUCGAGAUCGUCUCCCUUCUCUCGCUGCCGGCAACGUCUGCCGCCUCCAGAUGGGAUCCCAUGAGUCGCCAAAGCAGAAGUGCAGUCGACGCUUUUUGACUACUUGCACUGGUGUGGGUAUGAGCUUGUUGGACGCUAAGCACAUUAACGAAAAUUCGCCUAGAUUCGUGGCGAAGCUGAUUGCAAAGGUCGAGAAAACGGGAGUUUGUGCUGGUGUUAUCAACGAAGAGGAAACAAGCGUACCGAACAAGUAGCCAAGUGAAAGCAAAAGAAGGGAGCUAAGCCAGCCAGUGAUCCAUAUGCCUUUGUCCAAACCCUGGGAUUUAGCGACUUUCGGUGAAGCUACAUUCGGACUGUUCGCUUUGCCAUCACUCAACUCUAUUGACUUGAGACUAGGUUGAGGGAGUCGAUCAAUUGACCUCGUACCUCGUCCCACGAGUACACUAACGAGAGAGGAAACCUUACUCUGUUGAGCUAUUCGGAUUUAGAGGGGCUUUUGUUAUCUUGUUUUGAAGGGGUAGUUCCGUAGCAGGUUUUUUCGGACGUUUUCUAGGAUCAGAGGGAAGCUGCUAACCUUAUACUCAGGAUUUGAAGAGAUGGGCUGGCGGCAGGGCUUCGUUCACUGUACUGCUCAAGGAGAAGAGAGGUGAAAAUGGGGAUUCGAAGGUCGAAAAAAGUGAUUGGUUGCGUUUCUUAUUUUU